AUGUCUUGUCCGACAGCCGUCCUGCCUCCCAGCUCGCGCGUGUGGGUUCCACCCGUAAGCCCAUUAGGAGCGGCCUCGUCAGCUGGCAACACAGUGGCCGAGGGAGCGAAACCUCGAACAGCUGAUGGUGAGCCGACCGCUAUAUCUCAGAGAGACGUGCUACGGGCUGGGACCGAAAACUCUAGCAGGACUAAUGCUUCGAACGAAGAGACAAUAAUCGCUCCUGCGACAUCUCCGAACAGCGCUCCUUCCACAGCUGCCAGCGAAGGAACCACCCAGAACUCUACGAGCAGCGAGAGCAAGGGUGGGAGCACUAAGGUCGCUGUCGACACCUUGAAAACCUUACCUCAAGAGGCGUCCACUGCCGCUGCCACGGCUGAAAGCGCUGACCACAACUUGCUCACAGCCGCAUCCAAGAGUGAAGACGACUCCACACCCCUACCGACCGUCCAGAAUUCUUCGUCUGACGCCACCACUGUUGCACAGAGUGGCGUAGGUGUUCAGAACUCUUCACAGCGAGACCUGCCUAGUCAAGUAGUCGAUGGCGUUGCAGUAACCGGGGGCAGGGAUUCGUCAACGACGCAGAAGACUGUCACCUCUUCAGUCAAGCCCACAGUUUCCACGAUGGCGCAAUCCUCUAUACAACCAGAGGCGGCAACAACGCUGGUCGGAGCAGACGAAGUCACAACAUCGAUAAGAGCGUCGUCUACGCAGCCGGGACCAUCUACAACCCUGACAACGGCUCCCAAACUAAAGGACCCACAUCAGGAGAUAAAAACGACCUCUUCUUCAGUCACGCCUGAACAAACAGCCGCAGCAAAGCUGGUAACACCAUUGCAUCGAGAAGUAGCCAAAAACACUUCGUCGCUUCUUCCUAGUCGCCCAGCUCCUGCAAUCGCAGCGAUGACGAACAUAUCAGAAGGAGAAGAAGUAAGCAUCACCGUUAUACCCGAGCAGGAGGAUCAGCAGGCUAAAACCGAGCUUACUUUUACACGAGAUGGGAAUGCCGCGACCGUGAAGCUCACAGAGGCCCCGGUAAAUGUUGAACGUGAAGACAGGCUGGCGUCAGCGAGUACGACUACGACGGUGCGAAGCCAAAUCUUUUCUUACGUGAACUACACGGACGAGGACGAUGCCGUCGAAAUAACGCACGAAAAGUCACCGGUUGAGCAGUCCAACGAAACAGAAAAGCCAACUAACCUGGAAACCAUAGACUUUCACGAAUACUCGAUAAAAGAAACACACCAGUCAAUUCUGUCUCCAGUCGUGCCCGCAUCUCAAACACUCCAAUCAGAAGUUCCACCCACUCUGGGUGUGCAGGAGAACGUGACACUUCAGUCCAUUCCUGGAUUUCCUGCGAACUUAUCGGGUCUGAACAGCUCUACUUCAGUCGUGGUGAGUGUCUCUUUCUCUGACGAUGAUAACGAAGCCGUUAUGGCAACCAAAGAUAACGCAUCGUUGCCCAUAUCGCAGUCAGAACUUUCUCCACCAUCAGACUUGCAGAAUCUUGUUUCGAACCAAAGUGUCAGCUCUCCAGAAAUAGACGGAAAUUCCACUUCAGCGAAAAGCUCCAAUGGUUCCGGCCACAUUUCAGUUUUUCGUCCGAGCUCUCCGCAGCACCGUAAGUACAGUCCUCCGACUCGAAGGACGACGGCUGCUCCGUCUGGGACUACGCCCAACGUCGUAGUCGCUAAAAACCAUCAACUUGGUCGAGCUGGACUUAACUUGCCGACGCGCAAAACCACUCCCGGUGCGCCGGGCUCUCCGACGCAGAAACCGCACAUCGGUCGCGGCGGUACUCGCGCCCCAUUUGGCAUCAUCGGCAGUACGCGCCGCACGACGCUGGGCACCAAGGCCACGAUCCGACCACUGACCAAGAUCUUCGACCGCGCGCGCACACGGCCACACACAAAGGCGACCACACCACGUCCCAACCGGGGUCCUCGUAUGCGCAUCACGACCGGUAAGCCGACGCGCAAGGGCUUCCCUAUCGGACCGAAGCCGACGCUAGGCAACGAGACCAACUUCGACCUGGACGCCUACACGCGCCUCCUGCACGUCACUCGACGUCCACCGCGUCCUCCGGAGCCGACUUGGCGCACGACGUUCUUCAACCUGACCGAUACGACACCAGCGCCCAACGAAGUCGAGGCACCCGUCAUACGCGUGGCUGGCAUCGCGAAGAUUGUCGAGGGAUGGGAGUGGUCGCCACUGCUCGGUGACCAUAACACGCACGAGUACCGCUACUUGGCCUACACCAUGAGGCGAAUGCUCGCAUCAAUUUUUCGCAAGACGUCUGAAGGAAGAUAUCUGUACCGAGUAGACAUCGAUGGAUUCAGCCCUGGCAGUGUUAUCGUGGACUACUUCGUCUUGUUCUACCAGAGAGGUGGGCCCGUGGACCCCAUGGAGCUCGCAUCGGCAUUCAAUUCCCACCUUGGCGUCAACGGAUCUUUGGGCGAGGAGUUCUUCCUGGAUCCCACAUACACCCAGUUUGAAGUGGUUGGCGUGGUGCGGCCCAAGCCGCUGGCUUCAUCAUCUUCCGAGCCUCCGGUGCCGCAGUGGGCUAUCGCCGUCAUUGUCAUCGCCACAGCAUCGCUAAUCUUCAUUGUUCUCUUCGGAGCUGUCACGAUAUACGGCCGUACAGCGGAGCGGCGCAAGUACAGUAGCCGGUUGCAAGACGACGACCUAGACAACGUGACGCCGUCCCCUAGCAAGGACUGGGAGAGCAAGCUGGCCGCGUCGUACGAGAACUUCGCUGCUGACAGCGUGUACGACACCGAGGACCUGCACUCGCCUCCGCCAUCUCACGACCCGUUUCAGUACGACGACCGGUACAAGCGGAAGCAAUACCAAAUGCAGCUUCAGCUCGAAUACCAGCAAAAACAGCUAGAGAAGGAACAGGAAGAGAAAAAAAAGCAGCGCUAUCAGCAACAUUGGUGGCAGCAGCAAAAGCAACGCCAGAAACAGCAGACAUACGAACAAGAACUGGAACAGCAGCAAAAACAGUGGUAUCAGCAACAUUGGUGGCAACGUCACAAGCAGCACGAUCGAGGGGAGGCACACGAACACGAACAGCAGCAACAAACGCAAAGGCACGAACAGCACUGGUGGCAGCGGGUACCGUCAACAUUGGAACAACACUGGCGGCAGCGCCAAAAAGAGAAAAAACUUCAGAAGCAGCGACAGCAGCAACAACAGCAGCAGCAACAACACCACGAACAGCAACAGCAGCAAAGGCAGCAGCGGCAGCUACAGCAGCAGCAACGUACGGAAAUCGAGCGAGACGAGCAACUCAGGCGGGAGCUCGAAGAGAAGGCCGCCAUUGAGGCAACUCUCAAUGCGCAGGACACGUGGCGCAACAAGUGGGGCGUUCUGGUCAACAAGCUGCCGCUGCAUGCUCGAGACACCGCCUUCUGAGCGAACGCGCACGUGCAAAUUUGUACAGGCUCAACACAGUCACUAGGCAGAGGAGGGCUUCAAUCGCACCAUUUGCAGAACUCCGCGUCAAUUCUCCGCCUGGCGCAUUUACGCCCCGUGUGAAAGAACAGAAAACUAAAAUCAGAAACUGCUUAUAACAGCGGACUCGGGAAUGCCCCCACGUGCUACCCGUGUUUCUCGACCAAAUGAAUCGAACAGACAAUUAGGCCAAGGGAAGCGUAGAGGGCAUUAAUAGUUGUAGUGUAGUAAUCAUGGCGUAGGUUGAAGUGAAUUAAGGCGGAUGAAAACGCACCCUUCUCAUCGGUGGGAUCCGAACCCACAACCUUUUAAACUUCCAUCCUGCGACGUAAAGGGUGUUUUUUCGUCCAUUUUAAUUCAUUUCAAUUUACGACGUAAUUGGUACACUAGAGUUAAGGGCAACAAUGAAUCUCCCCUACUAUUUUCCUUAAUCUAAUUGUCCAUUGGACUUAUUUGGAUGUAUGUAUCAAUGAAACAAGCCCUUCGAAAAAAUUCCACCUCUUUCUGUGUCUCUCGAUGACAGAUAAGAGGCUAUUCUGUGAAUCCGGAAUUCCUUUUAAAUAUGUUAGGCUUGUACCUUCGAAGCAAUGCAUCCGAUUGGACUUUUUCAAGUGGUCCGAUUGAAGAGCUCUCCUCCCCACGCACCGUACGCCAUUAGUCCUGUUUGUUGCAAACCGGCUCCGGAGAGGUGCUGAUUGUUCCUACCCCGAGGCGGCGCCACCGUUGCUUUUGUCGCCAGCCUUGUCCACUCACGAAUACUCAUGGGACCUAGUGCUGCCCUCCUACGUUCCCGCCAGUAACUAACCGACAAGUUCUCGCAGUGAAGGAGCUGUAUUUUUUUUUAUUUCUCGGAACGAAGGAAAAAGAAAUUAGUGCAACUUAGAAUAAACUUAAAUAUAUCAUCGCGGCCUUUUUUGCCUGAGGUAGCUAAUAGAAAUCUUUACUUAUAUGUUAUCUUAUUGACUGUCAUUGUAAUUUCUUGAUUGGCCAGUACCAUUUGUAACAAUGAAAAUUCGAUUCUCUAGCAAUGAAGAAAUGGUGGAAACAGAUGUUAAAUAUUGUCGGGAGUGAUCUAACCAGCCUCAUUAUUUUAAAAAUUUGUUUUGUACCUCCUUUAAAAUGCAAUGUUGUUUCAUUAUGAUAUUCUGCACAUUUUUCAAAUGUACAUGUUGAAAAUUUGACUGAUAGUAAGCAGACAGCGCUGCAAGUAGAAAAACAAAUAUAUGCGCUUCCUCGAGCAAAGCCCCGCUUUGAAAGGACCCGCUCUGAUUGGCGCUGUCGUACCUUGGCGGAAAGUUUCUGGCAGCCUCUUGAAUCUAAUCAUCUCGUAUUGCCUACUAGGAGGUGGACGCUCACUUUUCUUCUUAGAGUGCUGCUACACGUCCCGACGGGUUCGUAGACAAUGAAACAAAAAGGCUUCACAGUCCGGAAUUCACAUAAUACAAAAGAGGAGCCGCAACGCCUUGCAAAUUUGAAAUACUUCUGACACUUGUGGAAUGGCCUUGGCAGCUUCAUUAUUAUUAGGCAGCAACACACUAAACUGCUCUCAUACGAGCAGGCCUUCAAAUAGUGUCCGUUUGGCCUCACAGAACAUACGUAUCAUCAAAGAAGGUAAUGUGUGCAGAAACGAUAUGAAGAGAUAAGCAGAGCACUAACACCGUCUGUUGUGCUGUCCGGCUCUUUCUUCUAGCGCCCGUGUUUGCGAGUUUCGCCUUUUCCGGAUUAAGUCCCUACAAAGUAGUUGAACCUUCUGUCGUCCUGAACACAAAUCUACUUAUUAGCAAAUCAUAUUUUAUGGCGGCACUUUCUACAUUGUAGAGCUCCAAAUUUCUUGUUACGGGCUUAUGCGACUCUUGUAUUUUCGAUGACAGCGUGAACAUUGUAAAGCACGAAUCGUUGCGUUAUCGUUGCCAAACAACGUGUUUUAAACACAGGUAAACAAAAUCUUUAGCGUGUCCUUUGUUCGCAGAACUUUUUCUGGCAUACUUGUAUGGUUGUGCGCAUGGCUUUUGGUUAACAUAAAAGAGUGUCUCAAACUAAUCAGACCUCGAAUGUGAUUUUUCUACUUAGCAGAACAGUGUGUAAGUGAAUACUAACACAACUAAGGAAUGAUGUGGUGACAAAAAUUUCCGCGUUUGCACUGGAAAGAGCAUCACAGAGAUCAAUAAUUCGUGAUUGAGCAUUUGCGCUUCGGAUUCCCCACGCUGGCAUCAAAAGUUAAGUGACACCAAAAGUGACACCAAAAGUGACACCAAAAGUGACACCAAAAGUCAAGGCUUCCGCGACUCGGUAGCUCUACAAACCGGUCUGUUACGAACCCUGAAGUCGUAAUGGACGUGUAGCAUGUACUCUACGAUGUGGGCAUCACGCUUGAUGUAAAAAAAAAAAGUGGACGUAAUGAAACACGCAUUUUGCCAGAACCGUGUGACGCUGAUGGAGAGGAAGUCCCUUUACUUGUUCAGUCUCCGGCACCUCCGCUGCGUGGGAAACUGGAUGAUCUGCAUGUCGCAUUGUGAGUUACAAUCAAGAAAUCACGCCUUCUGACAGCGGGUGUGUUUUAGCUAUUUAUAUUUCAUUCUUUCAUAGCAAGUGUUCUAAUGACUUUGAGCGCUCGUUCGUCCAGUGAACACAUUACGCCUCAUAAAUGCUUUGUACAGCCACAGUAGCGUGUAGUAAUCACGUUUGCCGAGAUCUCAAGGCAGGAAGGUGCUACUACCAUCCUUGAGUCUAUUUUUGCAUGAGUCACGCUAUUUAUUGCUUUGUAUACUUUUGCAGAGGGAGCCUCAGUAGUUCACCUUUUUUCUUUAUGCUACCUUCUUUGUCUCAUCAUCAUGACACCCACUAGCAAACACAUACAGUAGCUGUUCACCGGAGAAUCUAGGAAGUAGUUUUGAGAUAAAACAAGUCAGAGUUUCUUACCUAGAAAAGCAUAAAACACCACGAUCAAGCCCUCCAAGAUUGUCAUAAUGAAAACAUAUGAGAUGUGUAAAAAGAUACCUAUUUUCCUAUUUACUGCCAGAAAGCGAAACAGUUGUAUAAAAUCUUCGGCGGUAAGAAUACUGCUGAAUGUAGUAGCGCAGCGCGCAAUUUUUUUUUGUUACAUAUUCCCCCUCUGGAGGGAAAUGUUUACAUCACCCGAAAAAAAAUAAACCUCGUCACAUUCAGCCUUGCUCAAUGUGAAAUUAAUUCCUCAGCGUUUCUGCAUAUGUGCUUCGUCACUUGAUAAAAUGGUAUUUAAAAGGUAGAGAUUGACAAGCAUAACGUAGACACUAAAGUUAUAGUCGUAGAUCUGUUUCGGGGAAGUCGCCGCAUCUUGCAUAUUUUUCGCGCUCAUGGCCAGCCACUGCUAAAUCAGUCAGUCAUCUGUAAUUAGUUCUUCUCGUGUAUUUCUGUGGCACAAUAAUCGAGUGCCAGUCAGUGGAAGAAUAAAUAUUUUGGGCACGUAAGUAUCGGCCAACAUAAUCAUUUGUGUAACUUGUAGCGUUAACGCCUCAUCUUUCCGUGACAAGAGUGCAGUGAUUGUUUAAAUAUUUCGAAAAAGAGAGCAUGUGUGUGAGACUAACCUCUAAGAAAUUAUCACAUAGCUAGUCAGGAUGGAUCAGAUGAUUACUGUUUUUUUUUAACCGCGUUGAUUUUUUUGUUUAUAUUUAUGUGUCUCUUACACCUCUGCCUAUUGCUGAAAAACGUGUACAAUUUUGUCGUGUGUACUUCAUUUAUGUUUAGCAAUUCUCAAAAAUGUGUAUAUACCUCUUCUGUGCCUCCAUGUGGUGUAUAACAUGGGCACUGUUAGACGUUUCUGUCUGCUGUUAUAACGUUCACUAAUCAGUAUGUUCGUAAUGAGGAAUGAGAGUGACAGCUGAACGGUGCAUGCUAUGUGUUUCUGGCGAAUUUCCUGCUCAACCUCAAUUCAGGCUGACAUGCUGCGAGGUCAUUCAGUGACUGUCUAUUAAGUAUGACGAUUCAUAAAGUUGAAAUUGUGUUGUUUUGAUUGCGAACAUUUUUAUAUUGUACAUCUUGGUCCGCGCAAACUGGAGGGAUUUCCUGAACGUUGUUUGCAAUGCGUAGUCAACUUGAUCAUGAAUUUUGCGUGUAUUUUGGCUUACAUGCGUAUCUUCUAAGUCAGCGGCGCUUACUUAUACAACGUGUGUUCUUGUUUGCAAUCACUAUUUAUACGGGUGUAAUCAGAUGAUACAACAAGUGUACACGGAAUGGCUUUAGGCUGAAUAAAACAAAAUUAAAUUUAAUUUAUAUGCAGUUAAGGAUACUCCAUUCUUCGCAUUCUGUACUUGGAGCAUUGCGUUUAUUAUGUGUGGCAGAAAAAUCACUUAGUGGUUCGCAUAUUUGUUACUGAUUUCGCAGAGAAUUUGAUAUUUACUUGAAAAGAUCUGUUGUGCUUUUGACAACUACCGGGGCAAACAAAAAAAAUUAUUGACUAGUGAACAACGAGAGGCGGUCUACAUGCCACAUUUGACGUCAAAAACAUAGUUACACAACUAUUCCACAAUUGCUCCACGUUCAUCGUUAGAGGCUAACACAUAGUUAUAGAGGAUAACACGCAAUUGUUUAGAAAUACUUGGCACAUGUUGAUCGACCAUGUUUUGUUGUUGACUGUGUCGAACAAAAAAUGUGCAGUCGCAUCCCACUGAAACAAGGAAGAACGAUCAUAUCACACUCAUGGUUGCGCAUGUACAUGCUGAAUUACCAUCACGUGACCACACUGCUACAGUUUAAAUCCUGUCUCGUCUGCAGCCAGACGCAAAUAUUAAGGCGGUGUUCACACUGGCAACUGACAGAAGUGCGCCACUGGCGACGGAGGACCUACUCACCGGGCAACUAAUGUUCACACCGGCGGCCGCGGCGCGCCCUACGUCACACCCGUCGUCGCUUCUGUAGAACCCUCAGCCUAUUCCGGCGUUUUGCUCUUGCACUCCCGAUUCGUCCAGCAGUUUUGCGACUCCAGUCGGAGCUCAAGGAUUGGUCAAUGAGCGGCUUCGCCGAAUCGGUCACAUCUCGACCAAGGUGCGAUCUCUGUCAGUCGCCAGUGUGAAUGCGCCCUUAGUCUCGAUAAGUCUAGUCUCACUCUCACAAAGGCCUCUCGUAUGUAACACUGUAGUGAAAGGCACAAAGGCUGCAAGCGGUGCACUACGGGCGUGACCUAGUUUUCUGCCUUGCACCUUCCAGCUUUGACUUCUCGCACGCAGCAGUGUGACACUGCUUUGGGAUUGCGAGUGUUGCCACUGUUUGUUCUCGUUACAGUUUGAAAACACGAUGUGAAGAGCAGAAGUUUGUCACUUUUGAAGUCACGCUCGGCAUUUGUGUUUUUGUACCACAUGCUUACUUUUUUUCUCAAAUAUAUAUCCUGCUUCUGACAA